UUUUUAUUUGCUUUACAGGAAAGUGAGACCGGAUUGUUUGUGUGUAUGAAUACAUUUCUUGGUUUUGGGAAGGACUAUGUUCGGAGGCACUAUGAACGCACCAACAACCCUGUGUAUCUGCACCUCAAGACCAUCAAAAAGAAGAAACCAAAAACAGAGGAAGAGAAAGAGAAAGAGAAGCCAACGAGACUUGCCAUAGGAAUGCAAGGUGGUUUUGAUGUAGAGGAUGAAAACCAGUAUGAGUAUGAAGAACACAACUCAGUUGUCAUCCUGCCUGACUUCACCGAGAUUCCUCUUCCCAAUGCCGAUCUCCCCGAGAAGGUCCAGCUAUCUGUUGCUGGUAUUCUGUCUGCUACAUCUGCUUCUAAAGUGGAACAAAUUCAAGCUUGGGAUGGAGAAGCAAAGAUCGUCUCCAAACAUGUUGCUAAUCCAAAGAAACUGGAUAGUGUUGUGAUAUUGGUUGGCAGCAUAUGUGUGAUCGUAAAGGCAACUAUGGAUGAAUCUGUUCGAUGGCUAAAGUCUUACUUAUUUGGUUCUAGACACGCUGCUAAUCUCAAGCAACUGGACAACGGUGUAAAAGUUCCCCCUAAAGGUUGGCAAUGUAUCAUGUGUGAUCUUAAAGACAACCUUUGGAUGAAUCUAACCGAUGGCUCCAUUCUCUGCGGAAGGCGCUACUUUGACGGAACGGGAGGCAAUAACCAUGCUCUUGAAUACUACCAGCAGACCAAGUAUCCCUUAGCUGUCAAACUAGGCACCAUAACUCCAAAUGGAGCAGAUGUGUAUUCAUAUGAUGAAGACGAGAUGGUGGAUGACCCCUACCUAGCUUCUCAUCUAGCUCACUUUGGUAUCAAUAUGAUGAGCAUGGAGAAGACUGACAAGACGAUGACCGAACUAGAGAUAGAUCUGAAUAUGAGAGUAGCUGAAUGGGAUACCAUCCAGGAAUCAGGCUGCCAACUCAAGCCUCUGUUUGGACCUGGUCUAACUGGACUAAAAAACAUGGGCAAUAGUUGUUACUUAAAUUCUGUUAUGCAAGUCCUCUUCAGUAUUCCAGAUUUUGUUAAUAGAUAUGCUUCCCAGAAAGACCAAAUCUUUGCAAUAGCUCCUGCCGAUCCUACUGGUGACUUCAAUACACAAAUGGCCAAGCUUGGUUAUGGGUUAGCCUCUGGACAGUAUUCUCAGGAACCGAAAACAACAGACAGUGGAGACCAAUCAGAAGAAAAGAGCCAAUGUGGGGUUGCCCCCAGGAUGUUCAAAAGCCUUGUGGGUAAAGGUCAUCAAGAGUUUUCAACCAAUCGACAGCAAGAUGCUCAAGAAUAUCUCCUUCAUCUCUUCAGUAUAAUUGAGAGGCACAGUAGAGGUCAGUUAAAUCCCUGUGACUGCCUUCAGUUCGAGCUUGAAGAGAGGAUCCAAUGUUCACAGUCCAACCAGGUCAAAUACAAGAAGAGAACAGAUUACAUGCUAGGAGUACCGAUUCCGCUAGAGGCUGCCACAAACCUAGCCGAGUUUUCUGCGUAUGAAGCCAAAAAAGCCAAACUAGAAGCCAAGAAAGAGAGAGUCGAUCCAAAGGAUGUCGUGCGUCCUAAGAUAAGUCUUCAAUCUUGCCUAGAUGCCUUUGCUGCACAAGAGACUGUAGAGGAUUUCUACAGUUCAGCCGUCAAAUCAAAGACUACUGCACUCAGGUCAACAAGAAUAGCCUCAUUCCCAGACUACCUUAUUAUUCAACUCAAGAAAUUUACAUUAGGGAAUGACUGGACACCUAGGAAACUUGAUGUAUCAGUUGAGAUGCCUGAUGAACUAGACCUGGGCCAGUAUCGAGGGACUGGUCUACAGCCAGGAGAAGUUGAUCUACCCGACGAGGAAGGACCACCUGUACCAGAACCUGUUAUAGAUGAGGCCACCGUAAGUCAACUGGCAGACAUGGGAUUUCCCCGGGAGGGCUGUCGGAAAGCUGUCUACCAUACAAACAACAUGGGCUCAGAAGCUGCCAUGAACUGGAUAUUUGAGCAUUCACAAGAUCCUGAUUUUGCUGAGCCUUUGCAGUUAGGUCAAGCAAGUAAGAAGCAAAAGACAGAGAUUUCAGUGAGCCAAGAAUCUAUUGCGAUGAUCACGAGUAUGGGCUUCACAGAGGCUCAAGCUACCAAGGCACUACGGGCAACGGACAACAAUCUUGAGAGGGCAGCGGAGUGGAUAUUUAGCCACGCAGACGAGCUGGAUACAGCGAUGGAGACAGAGCAAUCCGGCGGACCCACGUGCCGGGAUGGUCGCGAAAAAUACCAGCUGUUUGCAUUUGUAAGUCACAUGGGUACAUCUACAGCAUGCGGUCACUAUGUAUGCCAUAUCAAGAAAGAAGGAAGAUGGGUGAUCUUCAACGAUGACAAAGUUGCGCAAUCAGAAAAACCACCGAAGGACCUGGGAUACAUCUACGUCUACAAGAGGCUUUAAAAAUCUCCCAGGGCCGUGUAACAUGAACCUUAGCGAUUGAUCAUGUGAACGAUUUCUAUGAUCGAUUGCAUUGACUUCUGUGUAUGAGCAAUCGUAAAAAAAUCAGCCUCAUAAUCAGUUGUAAAGCUUUAUGUCACAGGCCCAGAGCUCAGAGGCGCAUUGUGAUCAGUAAAACAAGUCAGGGUAGACCAUAUUCAUGGACUGACGGAGAACAAACAGUAAACUAUGCCUAACACAAAUCAAUAUUACUUACAGAAAUAGCUUCGACUAGGAAGAAAUUUUAGCUACGUGAGAUUCAAAAUAAACUGCUCAGAUGGGUGUUUCAUAAAGCAGUUUGUAACUUACGAAUGACUUUACACAUGAUGGAUGACCCUUCCUUGUACUAAAUGGAGCUGACUUAGUACCUGAGAACAUGUUCUAGUCCUUUGUAAAAUCGUGCAUAAAUUUUAUAAGAACAUCUUCAUGAAUCACCACCUCAAGUAGCAAAAAGAUGCAAUGGAUGAAAAUUAGAUAUCCUGUGAGAAAAAAAACAUGCUUCUUUCAGAAUACACUGAUGUCAAUGUAUUAUCAUGUAUUGCCUGACGUAUCGCCAGAUCCACGACACAUGAUGGCGCCUCCACUGGCGUCAUGUUUUACAUGUACCAUUAAGUAUGCAGUUUCAAAAUAUUUUAGCACAAUGGAAAACAUUGCUGCGCAUUCUUGCAUCAUAUCUGAACGAGGGUUUAAUAGGAUGAGUGUUCAUGCAUGGAAUUUGGCCCUGAAGUAAACAUGAAAGAAAAAGUGAAAUAUCUUUUGGGAUGAUGGAAAUUUGUUCAAUUUUGUAGAAAUGCAACUUCUAGGGUGUUGGAAGAAACUUGCAAAUGAUUGCAUGUCAAUUAUAGGUCCUAAAAUCGAUCAGUUGUCUUUUAAUUAAUUGCAAAUUGGCAAUUGAUUGGUGGUCUGCAUCUUGCAUAAACAAAAUGAAUUAAUUUGCUUUGGUUAUGAUUGAUCUAUCAAAUGUGAAUUUGCAACUGAAAUAAUAUUAAUAUACCUCUUCAGAAGAAGAGAUAUAUUAUUGAAAAUGUGAGAGUUGUAUAACUUUGUGAUCAAUAUGAAAUAUUUAUGAGAAAAAAAUGACUUUGAACUGAAUAUAUACAUAUAAAAAACAAUGUUCUAUUUACAAAUGAGGAACAAAUAAUACUCUUUGAGAUGAACAACGUCAACUGAAAGUAUUUAAAAGAGCUGCCCUUCCCUCACAGGAUGUGUGGAGGUAUAAUUCAUGCAACAGUAUGAUUGUUAAAAACUGACAAAGCCCUCUAGUGAGCAAUUUAAAAUAAUAGGUAACUGUAGUAAAUAGGGGAAGAUAUACAUUGGUGCUCAAAAGUUAGUGAACCCUAGUAGAAAAUGAACAUAUUGAAAGUGUUCAAGUUUACCAUGUUUCAGAUAUUUUAUUGUGAAGUCAAGUGAUGAAAUAUUACAUUCAAUCAAAAUUUGUUUCUCUGGGCUUGCUGAACGUUGUAGUGUUGUUGCCUACAUUCAACACUCAGCAUGAAGGAGUGCAUUUUGUGGUGGGGUUCACUAACCUUUAGGCACAACUGUAUCUAAUACAUGUACGAGUAAUUUUGCUUUAGUCAAUCAAAACUUUUGAGAGCUCAAAAAUCUGUUCAACUUUGGAGAAAUUUGCUAAGAAUCGGUAUUUGAUACAUAUUUUGCACAUAUAAUGUGGUAAAAAAAAUUGUUUUAAAUUGGGCAAAUAUUUGACGCCAAGAAGGUUAACUUAUGCAAGGUUAUCUGAUUCAUAUACUAGUAGUCGAAGGGAUGUAUCCAAGAUGUCUAAUGAAGAAGAUUACAGAUAAUAUUUUGUUGGUAGGUAUUUUGCAACAAAUUUUGUCAAUUUAAGAACUCCUAGUUGGUUACAAAGUGCCCCCCGUAUAAGUCACACUUACUCUCUGUCCAUGAUAAAUUGUGAUUGAUUUUAGUCCAUCUCAAGAAGACCAGUGUUGCUGUCAGUAAUGUCUUCUUUUGAUCAAACAGUUGCUCUGGGGUGAUGAUGUUUGCUGAACGAUUUUUGACAGUCUACAUGCUCCUUUUAGUAAUGAUAAUGGUGAUGAAUGAUGAUGGUGAUUCUGAUGUCAGAUGAUGAUGACGACGCCAAUGUUUCUUCCAGGCAGUUAGAAAUGUCCAAAGAUAAUGAAAAUAAGUUUAGCAUGUCUUGAUUAUUGACGAAGGAAUUUUCCACUCACAGCUGAUUUUGUUUCUUCAUCUUGAUAUUUGAACAGACCUUUCCAUUUAAACAAAAUAAAAUUUACCAUACAGGCAUAAACCAGAAAAGUGAUUGUUUUGAGAGAUGUCCAUCUAUCACUAAAAGGGCUUUCACAAUUGCUUGUGCAAUGGUCACAAUAUAUGUUGCACAGAAUAGCAACGGUUAUAAGCAGUCGCACCACCAAUUGUGAAAGGGGCUGAAUAUGUACUUUUUCUAUUUUCACAAGCCAAAAUGACAAGAAUAUUUCUCCCUGAAUAAUUUGAAUGUUUUUCUCUUGUAGAUUUUCCCAGAAAGCAUGGAGAAAAUUGUAUUGUAGACCUAGCUGAUGAUGAAAAAAAAAUGAUAAAAAUCAAUCGUUUAUUGUUCGAAAUAGACAUGAAAUGAAAUACUCCGAAAAUUUGCUUUGCCCAAUCGAUCGUGGGCCCGGCAGCCACUGGGCAGCGCCAGAUCGACGAGGCUCUAUCCCUUUAAUCAUUUAACGCCAAACAGGAUAGCAGCAACUCCCAUCUUUUAACGUCUUUUGGUCUGACGCGGCCGGAGUUUGAACCCCAACCUACCGGUUGUGAGACGGACGCUCUACCAACCGAGCCGACACACCGGAUGAACAUAUUAAAGAAGUUGUUUCAUUGGGUAUUUCAAACAACAAUAUUUAACAAGAUUGCAAUGUGUAUGUUAGAGGAUAUGUAUACAAACAAAUGUUUUAUUAAAUUGUUACAUGUAUGUGUAUGUGGAAUACAUUGGGAAUAUUGUUGCUUGGAUUUUGUAUAUUUCUAAUUUUCAUGCAUUAAAUGCAGUACACGUCA